AUGGUGUAUAUGACUAGGGAAUUCUUGGUGGAACUCGACCAGUUUGUUUUCCAUUUCAAUAAUCUGAUACCAAUUGAUACGAUCUCUUUUGUAGAAAAGUCAACCGCUGAAUGGUUCACACACGGGGGAGACAUCACUAACAGAAGAAGCGCCGUUGGAGGAACAACAAUCAACGCAGUCUCCGUGAAAUUAGGACUACUAAAACAAAAAUGGAAAUUCUCAGCCGGGUUCGACAUAACGGCGACACCGUCAAUUGCUGACGGAGUAGUCUACUUUCCGUCAUGGAACGGGAAUCUUUACGCCGUCGAUGCUUCCAACGGAACGCUGAUCUGGCAACGGAGUUUGGGGGAAUUGACAGGCAUAACUCCGACGAGGCUAUACGUGAACGUGACGGUUUCGCGAGCAACUCCGGUGGUGGCCGGUGAUCUCCUUAUCGUGGCAAUCUACGGUCCCGCUUAUGUGGUUGCUGUUGAACGGGCCACGGGUCGACUCGUUUGGUCCACCCGAGUCGACCCGGGUCCGCUGAGUGUAGUGACCGCUUCUGGAACUGUCUACAGAAGGGGAUUCUACGUGGGAGUAUCGUCUCUGGAAGUAUCACUGCCAGCAGGGCAAUGCUGCACCUUCAGAGGAAGCCUAGUGAAGCUUGAUGUAAGAACAGGGGCAAUAAUAUGGCAGACCUACACUCUACCGGACAACGGCGGCAAGAUCGGAGGCUACUCCGGCGCCGCCAUAUGGGGGAGCAGCCCCUCCAUCGACACCGUUCGUGGCCGUGUCUAUGUCGGCACCGGCAAUCUCUACCUCGCUCCGGCGGAAGUUCUCCGGUGUCAGGCUAGACAGAACAAUCGAACAACACCGCCAACAAGUGGAGAUCAGUGUUUUGGAUUGGACGUCCACUUCGAUUCUUUGAUGUCGUUCGAUAUCAAGACAGGGAAAAUCGUGUGGGCCCGGCAGCUCGGAGGGUACGAUGUCUUCUACUUUGCGUGUUUGGUUCCGAAUAACCCGGAUUGCCCGCCCGGCCCGAAUUUGGAUGCUGAUUUCGGGGAGGCUCCUAUGUUGCUUACCAUCACUUCGAAACGGAGAUUGAGGGAUGUUGUGGUGGCGGUCCAAAAAAGUGGCUUUGCUUGGGCUUUGGAUCGCGAUAGCGGCGAUAUAGUCUGGUUUACGAAAGCGGGACCCGGAUCCUUAGAAGGAGGCGGCGUAUGGGGCGCAGCCACGGAUGGAGUGCAUGUGUAUACUAACAUAGUAAACGGUGACAAUCUCCCCUUCACACUAAAGCCGUCAAAACGAAUCACCACCGGUGGCGGCUGGGUGGCGAUGGACGCCAACACUGGAAGAAUCCGGUGGACCACCGCUAAUCCGAGCAACGAUACGGCCCACGGGCCCGUGACCAUAGUCAACGGAGUUCUGUUUGCAGGAUCGACAGCGCCUAAUGGGCCCGUCUACGCAAUGGACGGUAAGACGGGAUCUAUAAUAUGGUCGUUCGAGAGUGGGGCCACAGUGCAUGGUGGAGCGUCUUCUAGCUACGGGUGCAUAUAUAUUGGGCAUGGCUAUUCUAUCGGUCAAGCUCGAUUCCAUCCAACCUGGACUAGCGGAAAAUAUCUCUUCGCCUUCUGCAUUAGUCCCGUAAAGAAUUAGAUGUUGUAGCAACAAAUUCUUAUCUACGAUUUAGACAAAUAAGAAAAACUUGCACACAAAUAAUUUUAUUGAAUUAAAAAUAAAUAUUGCGGGU